AUGCAAAUUUUCCCUUAUUUUCUUUGGAUCUAUUUCCUUUUCUUCUGUUACUUUUCCCUUCUCUCUUUCCUUCUUCUAUUCAUUCUCUGUCUCUCUCUCACGCUCUCUCUCUCUCUCUCUUCAUGCCUCAAACCGUUACUCCGUUUUUCUCUCACCCUCUUUAACUUCACUCAUUUUCCUUUCAAAAACCAACAACCCUCUCUCUUUCUUGGUAUUUCCUUCCUUUUCCCUCUACUCAUUCUCCCAUCAACCAUCCCUCACGUCUUUCUCAACUACUCUCUCUCUCUCUCUCUCUCCCUCUCUCUCUCUCUCUCUCUAUGCAUCACAGCCCACUCCGGGUUUUUACCGCUUGACACGUUUGUUGUUACUCUGUCAACUGCCAAAGUUUUCUUUCUUUUUAUCUUUCUUUCUUUCCCAGUCUGUCCAUAUCUAUCUGAGGCUGUGAAUAACUAUGGCGUUCUUUCUUUUCGCAUCUUUCUUUCAUUCUUUCUUUCUUUUUUCUUCUUUCUUUCUUUCUUUCUUUCGGUCUUUCUUUCUUUCUUUCUUUCUUGUUUUAUUUGUUUCGUUCUGUCUGUCUUUCUUACUUCCUUUUUUUCUUUCUUUAUUGCUUUCUUUCUGUUUUUCUUUUUUGCUUUCUGUCUUUUCUUUCUUUCUUUAUGCUAUUUCUUUUUUUCUUUCUUUCUUCCGUUCUGCUUUUACCUUCUUUCCUUGUGCCAUGCAGUCUUUCUUUCUUUCUUUCUUUCUUUCUUUCUUUCUUUCUUUCUUUCUUUCUUGCUAUACACUUCCUUCCUUCCUUCAUUCCUUCUUUAUCUUAUGCUUAUACUUUUGAUUUUUUCUUUCUUUCUUUUUUGCUUUCUGUCUUUUCUUUCUUUCUUUCUUUGUUUUUUUUUCAGUCUUUCUUUUUUGCUUUCUUUCUUUCUUGUUUUUUCAGUCUUUUUUUUUGCUUUCUUUCUUUCUUUCUUUCUUUUUCUUUCUUUCUUUCUUUCUUUCUUUCUUUCUUGCCCGCUUGCUUUCUUGCUAUACACUUCCUUCCUUCAUCCCUUCUUUAUCUUAUUCAUAUGCUUUUGA